GCGACCUGCGCAUCUAGUUUAAUCAUGGCUGGACUUGGAACUCGGAACACGUGCGACACGAAAUAGCUCUCUCUCUCGGGAGUGUUGCAAGAUUUCACAAGAUUUCAAGCUGAGAGGGAAAGAUGGGCAAGCUGGCGCCUCGUUUGUCAAGUAGAAAGAAGGCGAAGCGAUGGGCAAGAGGGCAGAGUUCCAGCUCGAAUCCGGAGACGACCAAGUACCGCGAGCAAGCGAUCGGUAUGUUUUUCAAGGAGGCUGGCAGUGCCGGCACGCCGGGUAUCACGAGGGAGGACGUACGGAAGCACGACGCUAUCCAAGGUGUCGGGUCGCGUCUCGCCAAGCUCGACAUAGAUCUGGGCACGGAUGAGCGCGAGCUGGAGACGGAGAGCACCGUGGACGGGACAGCGAGCACGCGCGACACGUUCGCCAGCGAUUACAGCGCGUGCUCGAACCUCUCCUUCGGCAGGUUCCUCGCUCGCUUUCAGUCGAGCUCGAUCGUGCACAAGGAGAUGCUGGCGGUGCUGGCAGCCGUUACGGAGGUGAUCAAGCAGAACGGCGGUAAGGAGAGCUCGACCGAGUACUUUGCCGCGUUGAUGAGCACUCUCGAGGCGACGGAGGAGGACACCUCGGUGGCGGCGGUGCUGUCGCUGCUGGGCAUGUGCCUGAGGACGGUGCCGAGGAGCGUGCUCAACUUGCAGUUCGGCCCGACGAGCCAGGUCCUGCUGCAGAUUCUGUCGCGCUACGCCAGCGCGGGGGAGAACCAUCUUGUGCCGCGGCACUGCCUGGGCUGCCUGUCGGUGCUGUUGAGAGAGCAGGAGGCCGCCGUCUGGGCGGAUGCCUCGACGGCGCGAGUGCUCGACGCUGUAUUGUCCUUUACCACUCACGCCAAGCCCAAGGUGCGCAAGUGCGCCCAGCACGGGAUACGCACCAUCCUCGGGGACGCGGGGAUCGCGACGUCGAGACAUCAUCCAGCCGCGGGCCGAGUCGCGGCGCACUGCGUCGCGCAGCUCGACGCCGCCUGCGAGCCGGGCUCGUCGCUAGGAGCCACCACUAUUCUGCACACCCUUACGCUGCUCGCCAAUGUAGUGGCGCAGCUACCAAAGUCGCACGUCAAGACCAUCUGCGAACGUCUCUUGAGCAUCAUGACGUUGAGCAACGUCCUCGUGACGUCGUGCUGCCUGCAGACGUUCCACGGGCUGUUUGCCGCGAGGCCGUCCGAGGCGUCCUUGCCUUUCCCGCAGAACGCGAGUAUCGUCAGAGCCCUGUACGAUUAUCAGCCGUCGGCGAGCGACACGCAGCCGACCUUGGCGUGGCUGGCCGUUUUGCGGGAGGCUCACUGUAACCUGGCGCGUCUGGCGCACUCGGGCGCCGUCCCCGUCUCGACUACGCUCGAGCACGUUGUACCCGAGAUGCUCGAUAGGUGCGUCGAGCUGCUGCUGUCCAGCAAGGCGGAGGUCGUCGCGGGCGCGUCGCACACCGUCGAGACCAUUCUGCAGGAGUGCGUGGCGCCUCUCUGCGACACCGAGGAGCGACGCGGCAGGUACGGGGCGAUCCUGAGGCACGUCGUCGAGGCGGUGCACAAGACGCUGAGCUACCGCUAUCUCGGCGCCUGGCGCCACGUUCUUCGCCUGACGGCCGUGCUGCUCCGAGUGACCGGUUCCAAGCUGCCAGCCGAGCAGCUCGCCAACGUCGUGAGGACCCUCGGAGAUUUGCGAGACGUCGAGGAUUACGCGCGGGACGUCGAGUACGCCGUUGGAGCGGCGAUCCGGGCGAUGGGGCCUCGUGCCGUGUUGGACCUGCUGCCCCUCGCGGGCAACGACGGGCACGUCUCCUCGAUCGAUCUCGGACGGAGCUGGCUGAUCCCGCUGCUCAAGGAUUGCGUGACCGGCGGCAGCAUCGCCCUCUUCAAGGACACGCUGCUACCGCUCGCCCUGCGAUGCGAGCAACGGGCGAAGGAGUCGCCGGCGGACGGGAAGGCGUACGAGUGCUUGGUCACGCAAAUCUGGUCCGUCUUGCCGAGCCUCUGCAACGACGCGAGCGACGUCGCCAGCGAGUUUAAGCACGUCGCCAGGCUGCUCGGCGUAGCUAUCGGCGAGCGGAGGGACUUGAGGCUGCCGGCGAUGGCCGCACUGAGGAGGCUCACCGCCAGGGCGUCGGCCGAGCCGGAUCGCGCCGAGCUCGCGCGCUUCGCCAAAAACUAUCUGCCGAUUCUCUUCAAUCUCUACACGACGAAACCGGACGGCACGGACGAGGAGGGGGUGCGCCUCGCGGCCUUCGACACCAUCAAGGCUUACAUGACGAUCGCGAGCAACGACUUGGCCAACGAGCUGUUCGACCGGGCGCUGAGCAAGCUCGACGAGCCCGAGGCGGACGAGUUUUUCAAAGAGAGCGUCCACGAUCUGCUGCGAGCGCUGCUCGGCCACGCGGACGCCGACAGGCUGAGCAAGCACUACGACGCGUGCGUGCCGGCCCUCGAGGACGACACCGGCAGGUGGAAGGAGCAGAAGAAGGCUUAUCGCUUCCUCGAGGAGGUCUGCGGCAGCGAGAGGGAGGUCUGCGAGCGGUUCCUGCACGAGCACCGCCGGCAGAUUCAAAGGACCCUCGUCUCCACGGCGACCAGCGUCGCGAGGACGAGCCGAGGGGCGCGGCUGCGGUGUCUCGCCCACCUCGUCGAACGGCAUCCGCGGCUCGAGGGCACCAAGUUCCUCGAGGCCGUCGUGCCGGAGGCUGUGCUCUGCGUAAAGGAUAUUAACGAGAGGUGUCGCGCGGCGGCCUAUCGCCUGCUCGACGCGAUCGCCCGCAAAUUUAUCAACGAUCCCUCGCACCUCGCCGUCUACCUGGAUAUGCUGAUGGUGGGUCUGGGCGGCGACCGGGAAUUCGUUAGCGCCAGCCUCCUCGCCCUCGCCUCCGUCACCCAUAGUCACUACGGCUCGCUCGGCGCGGAGACGCUCGACGAGAUCCUCGGCCACGUUUGCACCAUCCUCGCCAGUCCUACGAGAGGGACGGCAGAGUCCGCCUUGUCCUACGUCAAGGUCUACAUCAACGUCACGCCGUUCGCCGCGCUGGCGCCGACGUUGCCGCGAUUAGUCGGCGCUCUCUCGCGAAUGACCGAGGACUGCAAGCGUCAUCUUCGACAAAAGGUACGAGACAUCUUUACCAAACUGAUGAGGAAGUACGGCUACGCACCGAUAUCGGCUAUGCUGCCGGCCUCGGACGUCAUCCUGCACAAGAGACUCAAGAACAUGAGCAAGGUGGAGGAGGCCAAGAGGAAGAGGCGGGAGCUCGAGAGGGCGAGGAAGCUCGAGCAGCGGGACAGUCACGAGGAGUUUGACGCCGGGAGAAGGCUCAAGAGCAUAGAGGAGAUAUUGGCCGACAGCGACGACGAGUUUGAGGCUACGGAGCUAGAAGACGCAAGAAGAAGCAAGAAAAGAACAUCGGUAAAGGACGCUUGGAUUCAGGAGAGCGGAGACAGCAUUGUCGAUCUCGCGGAUCCCGCGGCUGCUAGAAACAUUACAACUACACAACCGGUGGGCGUGUCGAAUCGAAAACUCCCCGAGAGGAAGGUAAAGGAUCGUGGCUUCGCGACUGCACCCGAUGGCCGCCUCAUCAUUACGGACGAUAACGAAAAGGACAGCGAUGCGGAAGAGAGGAAGCAGAAGAAGAGGAAGAAGGAAAAGACUGUCUUCCUUCAGAGUGAUUCGGAAGAUGAUUACAAGGAUCGAGAUGACGCAUCGAUAGUGGCCUCAAAAAGCGCCGGUAAAAAACGUAAAUACAGCGAAAGUACAUUGGACGCGAUGAGCUCGAAGAGCCAGUCAACGUCGAGAUAUCGAGACGUUUCAGCUAGCGGAUCAGGUAUUCAUCGAUCGUUGAAAGCAAUCGAGGUAGAUUGCGAACCCGGUUCAGAAUAUCGUGCGACAAAGGCCAGGGGAGAUAUUAAGAGGAAGGAUAAACCAGAUCCCUACGCAUAUGUACCCUUGACGAGAUCUAUAUUGAACAAAAGAAAGAAGAAGAAAAAUGCGGGCAAGUUCCAAAGCAUAGUUUCCGGGGCGAGAAAGGGAGCUCGCGCAGGUUUGCGGAAUAAACGAAGAAAACGUUAGGAUGACGAUUCUAAUCACUCGUUAAUCACAAUGUUUCACGAUAGGUGUAUCUAUUAUUAGUUUGAAAUAUAUGCAAGUCUAAUUCAA